UUAUUGUCUUCAAUUUUAUAGGUUGGCACAGCAGCUUUGGUUACUUUCAAAGAAGGAUCUAUUGGGUCUUUAUUAAUUAGAAUGCCAUGGACGAGUAGAGGCUGUGAGGUAGAAAUCAAUGGUUUGGAGCUUGUGCUUUCACCAUGCUUGAGUAAUGAUCGUAUGGAUUGUUGUGGAACUUCUAGUGGUGGUCAUAAAAACCAUAAUGAGUCGAGAAAGUCAGAGCAUUAUGUUGCAAAAAGUGCUGUAAAAUCUACCUAUGGGGAUAUCCAUGAAGGUGUAAAGACUGUUGCGAAGAUGGUGAAAGGGCUGCUUGCAAGCUUUCACGUGAAGAUAAUAAACUUGAUAGUUGCAUUUGAUUCUUUUUAUGAUGAAAGCAAAAAUAAAACAGGAUUGGAUACCACACUUGUUCUUCGGAUUUCAGAUGUAGAAUGCGGAACUUGUGUUACAGAGGAUGGUAAAUUGGAUAUGGAUGCAGCUGAAAGCUUUCUUGGAAUAAGUCAACUGAGUAAUUUUGUAAAGUUUCAAGGGGCAAUGGUCGAGUUUCUUCACAUGGAUGAUUGUGACAAUCCAAAAUCCAUUUCAUGUAUGUCUGCAGGAACAUCUGCUGAAAUGGCAUUAGACCAUGUGCCAUCAAAUGUUACCAUUCCAGUUCUGACAGGUGGAGUAGGGGGAUUUUCAGGUAACCUGAAAUUAUGUAUACCUUUGAGGGAUGGUUCCUUAGACAUUUAUAGAGUGGAUGGGGAUCUUUUCAUUGAUCCUGUACAGGUAAAACUUCAACCUAGAUCAAUCAAAUGUUUUUUAGUUUUAUCUGAAGCGUAUUGGAAUUCCGACAAGCAUGGUGAUGGACAUGGAUGCAAACAUAAUAAGUUGAAUGAAUCUGGUUACUUUGAUCGGGCAUCUCACGACCAUUCAUUUACGCUAGCUUCUGCUGAAAGGACUCCUGAUGAAACCUCCUCGCCCCAUUGUGGUGGAAUUCUGCCUGGCUCUCAUCUUAUAUCAAAUUGGGUGCCAUCCUCUGUCAAACAUAGAGAGAAAGAAAAAGUUGAAGAAGNAUUUUGUUCUUGCUCUGUUGGAGUUUCGUCAACUACUGGUGAACUACUCAUUGAGUGCCGUCCUGCUAGAGUGUGA